AUGGAAAAAGACCAACUAAUAAAAGAUGUUGAGUUUAACCAAAUAAAUCAACUAUAUGAAGAAUGUUUGACUUAUUUACAAUCAAACAUUAAACACAGUGCCUAUGACAUGAAAGAACUCAAUUCGGAUCUCCAUGAACAUAUAUCGAAUGAGGAUGGUGAUGGUGUAAUAUAUGAAACUAUACAAGAUAAUAAAACACUUAAUCGGUUUAUAGAAUCGUCGAAACCUGAGUUCAUAGUUGAAAAUGAAUUACAAAAUGAUAAAUCAGACAGUAUUAACUCAGUAAGGUCAGAAAUCAAGUCGGAGAGACUCAGAAAGCUCUCUCAAACUUUACCCAGGAUUAUAAUUACUCAGAGCGAUGCAAGCUUAAAUUUCAAUAAGAACAAGAAAUUGAUUUACGAAUUUCAGAAACCCAAAGUACCGAGUGUUGCUAAGAAACAUCAAAUAGUGCAAAACAACUUCAUCAAAAAUCCAGCGCCACUUCGCAACCGUUCAGCUUACGGUGACUUUCCCAAGAGAUUAGUCUCUAAAGGUGGAGGCGAGAAUGUGGCCCUCAUCUCUAAUGUCCCGUUUGAGAAGAUUCGACUAUUGAAUGAUUCAUUUCAUACUCUGAUCAAUAUUCGCUGGCGUUGGAUCGUGAUCGGCACGGUGGUCGUCCACUUCACCAUGUGGGCGGUGUUCGCGCUGUUCUGGUACAUCACGGCGCUGGCACAUUACGACUUCGAACCAGACCCUCCGAACAGGCCAUGUAUCACGGGGGGAAAGGACUUUAUCACAAUCUUCUUGGCUUCUGUUGAGGCUCAGACAACCAUCGGUUUCGGAGAUCGUGCCAUAGAUGAAGAGUGUCCAGAAUCCAUAUUUCUAUUUAUAAUUCAGUUAAUCCUGGGUACCGGGCUGUCUGGAGUUCUGACUUGCGUCGUCUACGCCAAACUCACACGGCCAGAGAAGCUCUCCAGAGAUGGCGUUGGCUUCAGCAAAAAAGCUGUGAUCAGCAUCCGUGAUGGGCGCCUCUGCCUGAUGAUGCGAGCUUGGGAUCUCAACUACGACCACAUCAUUAGCUCCGAGUUCACCGCCCACUUUAUCAACACAUACAGAACAAAGGAAGGGGAGAUAAUCCGAUACUACGCGCGCAGCUUGACACUGAAGCAGCGUCAGUUCCUGCUGUGGCCGGUGACGCUCGUGCACGAGAUCGACGAGGACAGUCCUCUCUACCGAUACACGCCUGAUGACAUUAGAAAGAUUAGUUAUGAAAUAACGGUUGGACUGAAAGGGGCAUCCUCGUCCUUGGGCACUUUCACACAGAGCCAGACUUCUUACAUGCCCAGAGAGGUGAUUUGGGGACACCGGUUUCCUUCUGUUGUCAAAUACAACAUUCGCAAGCAGAAAUACGCGAUAGACCACACAAAGUUGGACACCAUCGAGCCGGUGGAGACACCCCUUUGCAGUGCUUGUGAGCUUUACAGAACCAUGGAGUAUAAGUCGCCACCCCCCUCGCCCCGCAGCCCCGGCACGCCCGGCACCCCCGGCAGCUUCAGCGACCAGCUUUCGGGGUUUCAAAUCUCUCGCUCCUCUUCAUUUCGCAAGAAGAAACCUGCCGAUGCCCAAUUUUCUUAA